UUGACGUUGUUUCAGUGCCAUAUGGAGACAGCGCCCAGUUCCGUGUCAUGUCUCUUCUGCCUCAGGUGUUGUUAUGCUGGAGAUGUUACUGUGCACAGAGAUACGCCUCGUUCCUCUUGGGAGCUGUAUAACAUCCCCCCACUGGAACGCCAUCUUCUGGGCUCCUCCAGGGCUCCAGAGAUGGGUUUGGGUUUUUGAUGAGUACAAACAAUGCUGCCAUAAUGUUCCUCGGAUGACUUCAACAAGAAAAUUCAGCCAUUCCAUGCAUGAUAUCUUUGGUGAUUUCAACGACAUUCCCUUAGAAGAUUCAAAGAUGGAAAAAAUCAGAAACUUGAAAGUUGAUAGGAAUCUUACCAAAAGAGCUCCUGGUCAUAGUAGAUUUCUAAAAAGAAGCCAGACUGUCGGUGAAAAACACUUAUUCCUGAAAGAGGAUGCUGGCCUGGCGAGUGGGCCCUCGAGUUCCCCUGGUAGACCCCUGAGCACUGCCUCAAAGCUCAGGACCAGCGCUGCACUCAGGAAGCUGGCCCAGAUCGAGUCCAAGAUCAUGAAUCGGAAGGUGCAGAUGGACUUGUCUGAUGUGGAAUCUGACCCAAAGACCUCCGACGACAGCCUUCCCCGGAGAGCAGACAAAAUCCCCCCCGGGAGUGGAGCUGAACUGUGUUCGAAGGCCACACACAAAACCUCCCAGGAGCAGGCCUGUGAAGUUCCUGUCACUGAGGGCAGUGCACCAAGUGGGAAGGUCAGUAGGUUUCUAAAGAAGAGAGAGCCACCUGUUGAAAAGCUGUCCCCUGAAGCCCAUUUUCGGAAGGAGAGGAGCUUUUCAAUACCCAAAGAGAAAGAACCUACUAGAAAAUUGGAUUCUCCAGACAGUGAUGAAGAGGAAAUGAAGGAGUUACUGGGAAGCUUGAUGGAAUCUUUUAGAGAAAAAGGAACACAUACGAAUAAGAAUUUCACCUGCACCAGGGACAGUGAAAAAGAACAAACAGAACUAUUCUCGGAUCAGAUCCCAACUCAACCAAAACUCCUUUCACUACCCAGUGAGGAACUUUCCAGCCCCAAGCCACUCGGGACAUCACAUCCGCCAACCUUCCACUCCGCAGAUGGGACCCUUUGCACCGCACGCUCCAGAGCUCGCUCCCCACAGACUGCCAUUCCAGGAGACAUGGCACUCAGCGUGGUGUCAUCACUUUCCACCGCCAGUGCUGUGUCCAAGGCAGUGUCCCCGAGGACGGCACGUGGCAGGAUCUCAUCCUCUCGCUUAAGGAGCGAGGCUGAGCCUGGGCAGGAGCCGCUCUCGGAAGCUUCAGACAGCAGCCUAAAUGAUUUUAGAAUAAAUGUCUUAUCCCUGGAUGACCUGACUCCAGCUGCCAGUGAGAACUUGGACCUGCAACAGACAAAAGGAGGUCAGAGGCAAAAGGCAUCCUGCAAAAGCUCCUGGACCUGGGGUCCCCCAACUGGCAGCGAGGUCUCAGAGCACCUGAGUGAGCCAUCAGCCUCCUCUGCUGGGCCAACACCUGAGGAGCCUACAGCCAGCAUGGGGAGCCUGGCUUAUUCGGAAGAUUUCGAGGAAUCCCCAAGUCUGACAGCAUCAGAGCCAAUGACCCAUUCUGGGGAAUCUCGGGAUAGGAUGUUGGCUUCUUUGUCUGAACGCUCUAUAAGCCUGAGGACAGACCAUACCCCACCAACAUUAGUGUCUCAGAAAAAGUGGGCCCCGGAUGUUACAAGAGUCAUGGUGAAGGAGAAGGCUGUGCAGACCCCCGACCCUGCCUUCACCUACCAGUGGACGACGGUGGCAGGCAUGGCGACCACCGGGCCAGCCCUGGGAGGUGCCUACGUGGACCCUGCACCCAUCGCCAGUCAUGUGGUCAGCGCGGACGCAAUAGAAGCCCUGACAGCUUACAGCCCAGCGGUGUUCGCACUCAAUGACAUGCUGAAGCAGCAGCUGAGCCUGACGCAGCAGUUCCUCGAGGCCAGCCGGCACCUGCAUGGGUCCCUCCUGCAGUCCCUGGACCAAGACUCAUUCCACUAUCACACUCUGGAGGAGACCAAAGAGUACAUCAGGCACCACAGGCCUGCCCGGCUGACCAUGCAGGAUGCUCUGAAGGAGCUGAAGAAGGAGCUGAAGGAGCUGUGAGCACCAGCAAAGCCUCAGAGGUUCCAGUGCUACCAGCGGGUCACUGGACAGUUAAGACAGAAAUCUUACGGCGGAGUAGGGCUCCUGGACCUCGACCGACGUCUCCUCCCUGGGGAGUAUGACUUGGACCGGGAGCGGGAACGGGACCUCGAGCGGCUUCUUGAGGAGCGGGAUCGGCUACGGCUUCUGUUGGGGAAGAGAAGGGAGAGCCCUGCGGGUCAGCCCUGCGGCAACGCAGAAGCCUCAGGCCCAAUCCCAGAGAGGUGAAACCUGCCUACCUGGAGCGGGAACGGGAGUAGGAGCGGGAACGGGAGCAGGAGCGUGACCGUGACCUCGAAUAUGAGCCAGAUGACUUGGAGGACCUCGAGUUGGAGCGAGAGGAGGAACGCCCUCGGCUUUUGGAUCGGCUCCGAGACCGUGAGGGUCCGCUGCAGGGAGAGGCUGCUGAGCUAGAGCCGGCACCUCCCGGCUCCCACACAAGCUGAGCCUGCCACCCCCACCCAAUUUUGGGAGGAACCUAUGGGUGCCUGUCAGUGUGAGGCCACAUCAUUCACACUAGGGUGCUGCGUUCCUAAGCAGCUUAGUGAAUACAGACCAUAGCAACCUUUU